GCGGCACUGUUAUAACAUGGUAAUGAAAGCUGAUUAAGCUUCACUUCAUGGCGAAUGGCGAUAGACGUCUUUCAGACGGCCGGGUUCUAAUCCAAGUGUCGCUUGGUGACGCUUACCAUGUCAGCGGCGGCCCAUUCUGCUGCUUCCUUAGAGUAGCUCCUAUCGCAUCAAACUGGUCUGACGCAGACGAGAGGGUCACUAUCGACUUCAUAUCUUGCAAUGUGUAUGGAUUGGUGACAUUCCAUGACCGUGUUGCUGAUCUUUCACAUAUACAGGGUACAUAUCAAUUUGGUUUCCUUAAGGAUGUGCGCGCUGGUUUGAAACCUAAUGAAUCAUGUCACUUGUUAUUUACAUCUGACGCUGUUAUAUUUUCUACAUCUACGGAAAUUGGUCCAUCAACUCCUGAAUGUUACUAUCGUUACAUGUGUACCAUUCCACCGUUUCUGCCACCUACAGUCAAUAGUGACCAUGUAUCAUGUAACUAUUAUGUUUACGUGAACGUUCAGUACAGUAACGGCAUAGGAUCUAGCCAGAGGUCAACAUUGCAAUGCAGGCUUGAAUUUUCCAUUCAGGGUUCAAUAUAUUCUGAUGUGCCCACUUUGAAUAAUGAAGCAUAUCCCUUUUUGCCAAAGAGUGAGGGAUAUAUAUUAGAGGGCGGCCGUAUAGACGACCGUUUGCUACCUAAACUGUACGCCGAGGUUAAGAAUGGAAACCUUGGCAAUGGAAGCAUGUUGUUUGACUAUGAUACUUUGAUUGACUAUUUGGAUCCCAGUUUAGGCGAUAGUACUCUAGUUGCCAAGUCAUCUCCUAACCGUUAUUUGUUAUUUCGCGACCUGAAUGCCUAUUGGCAUGUUUGGGACACUAUGCACGGUUCGAACUUUGUUCACGAGCCUGAGGAAUCUUAUAUAUUAAGGCGUUACAAUGGUUUUGUUGAUGAGUUCACCAAGAUGAUUCUCAAUGGACCCAGUAAGGAGCGUCUUGAGCAGUUGCGUCCUUGGUUUGGUGAUAUGUUAUCCCCUUGGUAUACUGAGGACAGUGAGCUACUGGAUGAAGAUGCUCGCGCUAAAUUACUGGAGCAAUUUUACAAAGACCUUGAGGAGCGCCAUACUAAAUUUUAUGGCAUCAGCUUGGACAAUCUUCGUCGUGCCGCAUCUGAGUCCGUAGAGGUCAAGCGUGAAAAUCCGCUUCAAGAUGUUUGUAAAGCACUGAAUUUUUCAUUGUCCGGCCGCCAAUUUUGUUCUUGUAAAUUGAAGGGGUUUUUCCAACGGGUUGGCAAUGAUGACUUCAUGCUCCCUACAAACUCAUGGUUCACUUUAUCUUUCACAUUUGUGGAUCCCUUCUUGUGCUUACACAUGGAAAUAUACUUAGUACGCAUCGAUACAAUCCCUGGAGGUGAAAAUCGGGUUACUGAGACUAUUGUGUUAUCUAGGUCAUUACCCACGUUUGGUAAAUCCCAAACUGGUGUAACUAUGUUCGCUCCUGUUGAUACAGUCCCUAGUUUUAUAUCAUGUUACGUCAAUGUAUCAUAUCGGUUAAAGCUAUGUUUUUACCAUUUCCCAGAAAGCAUGCGAUCAAGCUAUAUAGAGGGCACUGGUCUAGAUUUACAACAGCUGGCUAUGUUACAAUGGGAUUACCCUGUAAGGUUACUACAAAGCGAGUCUUUACGGGUACAAGCUCGUUGUUUUGUGCGAAACGAACCUGUAACAAUGGAGCAGGUAUUGCAUCUUGCUCAGAGUGCCAGCUCACGUGGCACUGCUUGGGGCGUAGGUAAUGGUUCACGCCCCCUGUCAACCAGUAUAAAUAUAUAUUAGCAGCAGCAUAGCGCAGCGUGUUUUUCAUUAGGUGGAGCG